GUUUGCCCAAAGGAGGGCUCACCCGAGUCAUUCUCGCAUUUUCGCCGACCUUUUAACACCAUGCAAGUCUUUUUCGUCGUCGCCGCCAUCGCCGCUGUCGCUGCUGGUCAAUCGGCGACAACGACCGCGAAGCCCUCUGUGACUACCACCAUCAAACCGAUUGUGACUCUGGCGAACGUCACAAAGAACUCGACCAACUCGACCAACUCGACGAUUAUUGUCGCCCCGGAUGAGGAAAUCACGGCCGAGCCCACCACGGUCAAACCCGCGACGAAGGCCCCGACCCCUGCUCCCACGACGUCGUCUGCUUCGGCGGCCGUCGCCAGCGUUGCCGUUCUCGCCGCGACGUGGGCCGCGAUCCAAUAAGCAGUGUUGCUACACCUACUUAAUUGUAUUUAGAGCGUUUUCCACA